AAUUCAUGGACAUAGGAAACUUUGUACCUCAGCAUUUAAAAGACUACUAUGAGAUAGCAAAUAAAAACCAAAAUGAACUAAACUAUUCUUUGGAUACAAGAAAACCGUACAGGUCAGUUAGUAAAUAAAUCCUCUGCUGUAAAAUUAUCAAAAAGUAGUAAAAGAGACACUCAACAAUUUAAUUUCUCAAGAAACUUUCAUCCACUGAAGGACAUCACUCAAGAUGAAACGAAUAGGAAGAAUUUGUUUGGAUCUUAUCAACCAAAAGCACAAUCUAACUCUAUCAAGGAAAAUACCAAUGAAAAUACCAGUAAUAGAAGCCCACUGGAACAGUUCAACUUUACUGUAGAUGUAACACAAAAAUGAAGCACGAGGUCUCUCGCUAAGCGGAGCCAACCUUCAAAAGCAAGCAAAUAAGCUAUUCAACUUCACUCAGAAGUUUUAAUAAGCAUUUGUUUUCACCAGCUCAAAAUGAUAUUGAUAGUCUCAACGACUAUCAAAACUACAACCAGAAUCUUGACUAUGCUCAAAACCAAGAAGAUAGCAAAGAAGGUACCUCAUCCCAUGAAAUGGGCAAACUCUCCAAGAAAUUACAACAAGCUGAGAUGGGGUACCACAAAUGGAAGAAAUGAGCAGAAAAGCAAAAUAAAAGCAUUAUGGCUUAUGAAAAGAAAGUUAAGGAACUAUAUCUUGAACUCAAGAAAUCUCAUAAAAGAGUAAUCAAGUAUAAACAACUAAAAGAUUACUCUGAUUCAGAACUAAUUAAGUUCAAAGAAUCACAGAAAGAUAUACUAGAGGCCCAUACAGUCAAGAUCAAAAGAAUGUUUCUUAAAGAAUACGAAGAGCUGAUAACUGAUAACACAAAUAAUCCUGCUAUCCCUCAGGACUCUAUCCAGACUCCACGUGGAGAUGAAAUAGCUGAGUUAACUGGAAAGCUCACUAAGUCUAAUCUUGAGCUGCGUAAGCUCCAAUCACAGAUUAAAGAGUUGACCAAAAUUCUUAAGCAUAAAGACCAAGAAAUUCAGACGAAAGAAAACAAAAUCAAAGGUAAGUUCCUUAACAACUCUCAAGAAAUAGAUAUAUCUUCUUCAAAAGUAUCUGUGGACCCGAUCUUGAGAGAAGGUCUCCAGAAUAUGGAGAAAUGUAAUAGGAUCAACUCUGAUUUACUGAUUGAGUAUAAGGAGCAUAUCACCAGACUAACUUCUCAAAAUGCUGCGUUAAACAAACAGGUCAACACUUUAGUCGACGUGGAAAAGAAAUAUAUAGGCGUCAAACAACAGAAUGAGAUUUAUGAAAAAGACCUAAAACAACUUGAAGACACCCUCAAAGUAAUAGAAGGGCAAACUGAUGCUGAACUCUGAACUAAAGUUCAACAGGAGUGCGAGUGCUUAUGUAAAGACACUAUGCAGCUAAUUGAUUGCCUCACCUCUGUCCAGAAAGGCCAGGAGCCAAAUAUAGAUAUCCUUUUAGGGUUCAAACCUAAUUGAGAGUCUGAAAUCAGAGAAAUGGCUUCUACAUAUAAAGAAAUUCGAACAGUGCGUAAAAAGUUGAAUGAUAUGAGAAAUUCUCUCUGUGACCAUUAUGCUACAGAAUACUCUUCAGAAUGUCACAUACAAUAA